AUGGGGCUGGGGCUGCAUCCGCCAUGUCCUGGCACCGGCUCCCUGCGGCUCCGGCCAGGCCCUGCCCGGACGCGGCUGUGCGGGCCGGUGCUGCAGGUCGCUCACAACAACUACCUGGCGCUGAAGGAAUUCCUGCGCCUCUUCCCUGAGUACGCCAAGAACGAGCUCUUCCUCACGGGCGAGAGCUACGGGGGCAUCUACAUCCCCACGCUGGCCGAGUGGGUCAUGCAGGACCCCAGCCUCAACCUGAAGGGAAUCGCCGUGGGAAACGGCCUCUCCUCCUACGAGAUCAACGACAACUCCCUCGUUUACUUCGCCUAUUACCACGGCCUGCUGGGAACGCAGCUCUGGAAGGACUUGCAGGCCUUCUGCUGCUCCCAAGGGAAGUGCAACUUCCACGACAGCUCCAACCUGAACUGUACGCUCAAGAUGGAGGAAAUGAUCCACAUCGUGGAGGAGUCUGGUCUCAACAUCUACAAUCUCUAUGCCCCGUGUGCUGGUGGUGUCCCUGGAGACGUACGGUAUGAGGGCGACUAUCUCAUCACUCAUGACCUUGGCAACUCCUUCAUCCGGAUGCCAAUGAGGUUCUCCUGGCGGCAGAACCUGUUCCGGAUGCCCGUUGCCCGCAAGAAGGUCCGCAUGGACCCCCCCUGCACCAACUCCACGGCCCCCAGCAUGUAUCUGAACUCGCCGGCGGUGCGGAAGGCCCUGCACAUCCCCGAGCACUGA